UGUGCUGCUGCUGCUGCUGCCGCCGCCACCGCCACCGCCGGGAGCCGGGCCGCGAGACUGUCCCUCCCGCGCGGGGGCUGCAGCGGCGCUCUCCCUCCCUCCCUCCCGCGCGGCCAGGAUGCCCGCCGACCUGAUGGAGAAGAGCUCGUCCUCGCCCGUGGCGGCCACCCCGGCCAGCGUCCACGCCACGCCGGACAAGCCGCGCACGGCCGCCGACCACCGCAAGUCGUCCAAGCCCAUCAUGGAGAAGCGGCGGCGGGCGCGCAUCAACGAGAGCCUGGGCCAGCUCAAGACCCUCAUCCUCGACGCCCUCAAGAAGGACGUGAGUCGCCCGGCCAGUUUUCCAAGGGUCUCCUUCUCCUGACUGCUCCUUCCUUCUCUCCCAGCCGCUCUCAACACGGACCCUUCGGUGCUGGGCAAGUACCGGGCCGGCUUCAACGAGUGCAUGAACGAGGUGACCCGCUUCCUCUCCACCUGCGAGGGGGUGAACACCGACGUGCGCACCCGCCUGCUGGGCCACCUGGCCAGCUGCAUGAGCCAGAUCAACGCCAUGAACUACCCCGCCCCACAGCCCCCCUCGGCCGCCCCGCACGGGCCCUCUUUCGGGCAGCCCUUGGUGCAGAUCCCUGCUGGAGCGGCACCCCCUGCUGGCAGCGUGGCACCUUGCAAGCUGGGGGAAGCGGCGAAGGUCUACGGAGGCUUCCAGCUGGUGCCGGCCUCGGAUGGGCAGUUUGCUUUCCUGAUCCCGAACACGUCGUUUGCGCCCCACGGUGGGGCCGUGAUCCCCCUCUACGCCGGUGGGGGCAUGGGCCCUGGGCUGCCCCCUCCCGCCGUCUCUCCCGCAGCAGGCGCCCCCUCGCUCACCGCAGACUCGGUUUGGAGACCUUGGUGAGACUGGCAUGGCCUCAGCUUCCCCGACUCCUGGACUUGUCCUCCUGCAGAAGCGUCCGGUGGCUCUCUGCUGACCGCCUGUUUGCUCCCGCGCUGUAAAUAUUUCCUGUUCCUACUGGAUUGUGCCUUCUCUUGUUCCGUAGCAAAGAGGCUCCCCUUUGAUGCACUCUUCUCUUCCCAGCGCUGCCUACGUGGACGGGGUGUGCGUGUGUGUGUGAGAGAGAGAGAGAGAUCUCUGGAUCCUUUUCCUUUGUCUCGUGUGACUGGUUCCCCCCCCCCCCUUUUUAAGUGACCCCAAAGAUUUGUUUAUAGAACAAAA